AUGAAACACUUCACUUAUUCUACAGUCUUAGUUUUCCUCUCUUUCGUUCAUACUGCUUUUCAGACACUCGACAAUGACAUAUUUUUAAUAUACAAUGAGGAUACUAAGCUCUGUUUAAUUGCUCAGAGUUCUCAUGCAGUCACAACAGUUGCUUGUAAGAAAAACACCGAGUUACAGAAAUUCAGGUGGGUGUCUGAUCACCAGGUGAUGAGCGUGGCAUUUGCUCAGUGUUUGGGAGUGCCCUACAAGCAAAACCAGGCUAAAAUUUCUUUGUACCCCUGCAACAAGAAAAGUGAAUUCCAGAAAUGGGAGUGCAGAAAUGCGACCUUGGCAAUCCAAGGGGAAGAUUUAUUUCUCAGUGCUGGCAAAAAAAAAGAAGACAAUAUUGUGCUGAACACAGGAUCAGUGACAAUGAACAAAUGGAAGAUCUACGGAACCAUGGAUGAUUUGUGUUCUCAAGGCCAUAAAGAUCUGUUUACUCUACUAGGAAAUGCCAACGGAGCUCCGUGUGCCUUCCCCUUCCAGCUGAGCAGUAGAUGGUACGGCGGGUGCACGGCUGCCGGCAGGUCAGACGGUCUGCUCUGGUGUGCAACAACUCACGACUUCGACGCAGACCAUUUGUAUGGGUUCUGUCCAACCAACAACAAUGACAGAUUUUGGAGUACAGAUCCUUUGACAGGAACCUACUACCAAAUAAACUACCAGUCAGCUCUCACGUGGCAUCAAGCAAGGAAGAGCUGCCAGCAGCAGAACGCCCAAUUAUUAAGUGUCACAGAGAUACAUGAACAAAUGUAUAUAAGAGAUUUGAUUGACAGCAAGAGAUCCCCUCUCUGGAUUGGGCUUAACAGUCUGAAUCUCAACAGCGGCUGGCAGUGGAGCAGUGGCAGUCCCUUCAGAUACUUUAACUGGGUCCCAGGAAGCCCUGAGCCUGAGCCUGAGAAACUCUGUGCAGUACUAAAUCCCAGAAGAGAUGCUAAAUGGGAAAACCAACCAUGUGAGCUGAAAGUUGGCUAUAUCUGUAAAAAGGAAAACUCCACAUUGGAUCCUGUCAUUAUUCCAUCAGGGGAUGCAGAGCCUGUUAAAUGCCCAGAAGGAUGGUUGCCCUAUGGAGAUAACUGUUUUGUGGUUCAUCGAGACCCCAAAGUAUGGAGAGAAGCCCUAAUUUCCUGCAAUGAGAGCAAUGGCAAUCUGGCCAGUAUCCACAACCCCGAGGAGCAUGGCUUCAUACUUUCUCAGCUUGGAUACAAACCCAUGGAUGAGCUGUGGAUUGGUUUGAAUGACCUCAACACUCAAAUGUACUUUGAGUGGAGUGAUGGGACUCUUGUGACAUAUACCAAAUGGUUGCCUGGAGAACCAACCCAUGCAAUUAAUGGGCAAGAAGAUUGCAUCAUUAUGGCAGGAGAGGAUGGAUACUGGGCAGACAGCGCCUGUGAUAGAAAAUUAGGUUACAUCUGCAGAAGAGACCCACUACAAGGAGUUUCUGGGACAGUAAGGACUGAUCCUACAUGCCUGAAGGGCUGGGAAAGACAUGGUUUUUACUGCUACCUGGUUGGACAUACCUCUGUAACGUUUUCAGAAGCAAAGAAAACCUGUGAAAGGAGCAGUGGUUAUCUAACAAGUAUAGGAGACAGAUAUGAGCAAGCCUACCUGACCAGCCUCAUUGGUCUGAGAUCUGAGAAGUAUUUUUGGAUUGGUCUCUCAGACAUGGAAGAGCAAGGGAUGUUCAAGUGGGUGACUGGUGAAGGUGUUCUGUACACAAACUGGAACACAGCAAUGCCUGGGAAUGAAGCUGGUUGUGUUGCCCUGAGGACUGGAAACGCAGCUGGACUAUGGGAUGUUCAGAACUGUGAAGUAAAGGCAAAAUUUCUCUGCAAAAAACUAGCUGAAAAAAUCACUCUUCCUCUUGCUCCUGAAACCAUGUCUGAUUCCAAAUGUCCCUUGGGUUGGGGUACAAGCAAUAGUACUAAUUCAUGCUUCAGAGUCUUUGUGAGAGAAGAAAACCAAAAGAAAACAUGGUUUGAAGCCCGAGAUUUCUGCAGAGAAAUAGGAGGAGAUCUGGCUGCCAUUAGAAGUGAAGAAGAGCAAACAAAGAUAGAAAAUUUAAUAAUAAAAAAAUCCACAUCACCUCAAACUUUCUGGAUAGGUUUUCAGUGUUUGGAUCCUGAUGGUGGGCUUUCCUGGAGUGAUGGAUCGCCGGUGAAUUAUAAGAAAAAUCUUUAUUUUUACAAUGCUGCAUUUGAAUAUUGUGGAGCAAUCGAUGAAGAGCCUUCCAUGUCAUGGGUUAUGGAGCACUGUGAAUACAGUCACAACUGGAUUUGUGAAAUAAAGAAAGGGACACCCUUGAAACCAGAACCACUUGGCCCUUCCACUGCAUAUGAAGUCACAGAAGAUGGAUGGAUUAUAAAAGGAGACAAACAUUAUUUUUUCAGCACAGAACAGACCUCUAUGGAGAAAGCCAGAACAUUCUGCCAAAACAAUCAUGGAGAUCUUGCUACUGUUGAAAAUAGUAGUGAAAGAAAAUUUUUGUGGAAAUGUAUCCUAAAAAAUGGCAAAUUGGAGUCAUACCUCAUAGGAUUAAUUCAGAAUGCUGAUCGACAGUUUAGUUGGAUGGAUGGAAGCCCAGUGCACUAUGCAGCCUGGGCACAGGGUGAGCCCAGCUUUGCAGAUGCUCAAGAAAAUUGUGUGGUCUUAAAUAAAAAGGAUGGCUUGUGGAAUGAUGUCAGCUGUGGAUUUUCAAAUGGCUAUAUCUGUCAGAGGCACAGAAGUUUCAUAAAUGCAACACUUCCUUCAGCAGUACCUUCACCUCCUGGAGGAUGUCCCAAAGGUUGGCUUUUAUUUAAAAAUCAGUCAUCAAGAGUAGUUAUUUUCCACAAACUAUGCAAGAUAAUUCUCUCACAGUGCUACUGGCGUGCCACAGAACAGAGG